AGAGCCCGGCCCGGUCUGGAGCCAACAGAAAGAAGAAGAAACAAAAUUAUAGGCUCGCGUCGCAGCUGGCGGUUUACGGUUUAAGGUUAUGAUGAGACGACGAGAUUGAUAUAUGCGAUAGAGUGAAUUGGUGACAGACGGCGGUAUGAUGUAGCGUCGAGAACGAAUGCCGAGUGAUCGAAACGUACGACCCAGUCACACGAUUCUCUGCCGACGCGGUAAAAUGGAGGAGAAAGAGAGUUAGGUAAAACGCGGUGAUCCUCCCCCGGGCUCUUUGGCGGCAUUUCCUUUGGUCGCAUUAUUUAAUUGGAUUGCUCAAUCUAGGAGUGACAGUCGUGCACCUGACAUGUGUUUUAUGUAACACUCUCACCUGCGAUUACGUUUGUCGGACGUGGUCACAAUGAUCUGAGAGAUUGAUCGGUUCGUCAUAAAAUGGUGGAGAAGAUUCCGCUGCGAAAAGCCAUCGUUAGAUUGGACUAUCCGGCGAUCAUAUCUUUCGGCAAUCCGCUGCUCGACAUCUUCGUGGCAUUGGAAAGUGACGAUUUACUUAAGAAGUACAAUCUUAGAUCGGACGGCGAGACUGAGCUGUGCGAGACAAAGAUACAAGAGUUGAUAGUGGAUUUACCAUCAGAGUCGGAACAAAGAGUAAGUCCUGGAGGAUCCGCACAGAACACAAUGAGAAUCUUGCAAUGGCUCUGCGAUGAGACUCACGAAUGCCAUAUUGGCACUUUUUGCGGCGCUGUUGGAACCGAUCAAAGGGGUUCGGUACUAGAGAAACUAGUUCGACUGUCGGGGGUGGAUGUGAGAUAUGCCAUGCAUACAAGCCUUCCAACCGGAUUAUGUAUUUCUCUCGUGAACGGUACAUCCCGCAGUCUCGUUGCGAACCUCGGCGCGGCCAAUAUAUAUACGUUGGAGGAUUUCAAGAAGGUCAAUUUGCGAUUCGAUAAUGUAAAGAUAAUUUACAUCGAGGGGUUUUUUAUAACGCACAGCUUGGAGGUGGCCAAAGAGUUGGUGAAGCGGGCGCAGGAGAAGAAUAUUAUUAUAGCGUUUAAUCUUAGCGGUCUCUAUAUAUUCAAGGAUCAUCAUCCGGCGAUUUGCGAGAUGGUCGGCCACGCCAAGAUCGUUUUCGGGAACGCGAGGGAAAUGAUCGCGUUGGCGCAAGCGUUGAACGUUAAGUACGACGAUGUGACUGAUAUACCCUUCCUGUUGAACAGCCUAAAGAGGAUCACAGUGGACGUUUCCAACGCUACUAGUAAGGACUGGUUGGCCGAUGACGGUAUAUUCGUCAUGACGCGCGGUGGGUCUGCACCAGCGAUUAUCGUGUGGGGCAAAGGACAAUCUGUUCAGGUACCACCUAUUGUACCGAAGGCGCCUAUCGUAGACACCACGGGCGCCGGGGAUGCUCUGGUAGCUGGCUUCCUGGCCGGCGUUUUAGCUCACUGGGACCCGAAGAGCUGCUUGGAGUCGGGAUGCAGGGUCGCUUCUUACAUAACGACUCGCGUCGGUGUCACAUUACCGAGCAGCAUACCUGCCGAUCUGAUGCUAUGAAUGACUUGAUCCGUUUAGGACGAAUCGGCUAAAUCGUUACCUGAUAACCCGUAAACGCACGGUUAUUUAUUACCUCAAAGUUUUAUUAGCGCGUUAUCGACCAUUAGACGAACGGUAAAUUAGCAUUCCUCGAUGUUACGUCCAUGUUCGAUUAAGAUAUAUUUAUUUAAGCGAGUAUAUAUAUACACACGUACAUAUAUACAUACAUACAUACAUACAUACGCAUAUAUAUAUACAUAUAUAUAUGGUGCGCAUGGCGUGUGAGUGUCCACGUUGUAAAACGAUGCAACAUUCGUGAGAGUUUAUUUAUUAUAGAGGUCACUACACUGUAACAUGUUGUUCGUCUUGUGGCUAAAUCGUGCGUUGUCGACUGUGCGCACGGCACUAUUAUUAUAAUAACAAUUAUAAUUAUUAAAGAAAUAGCGCGAUAUAC